AUGUCGCUGCUUCUGUUGACACCUGUCGCGCCGCUGCAGCCUGUGCACGCGCACCCGUGCGUGGCCUUGCUGCCGCCAGCCAUGCCCUCGCUUGCGCUCAACCGCUGCCCCGCUCGCCGCCCACGCCGACCACCUCCUACGGCCGCGCCCUGGCUACUCCAGCGCUCGCGCCUUCCCUACCCUUGCUGUCCGCCACCGCCGCCCGUCGCCGCGCCCGCGACCCCCUGGACGCGCACCUGCCUCAUUGUCGUGCCCCGCCUGCUGGUCGUCGCUCCGCUCGGCACCGGCAUCCGCCCCUUGGCCGUGCGCCGCUGCUACGCGCGCACAUCCGUGCUUGGCCGCGCCCCGGCUCGCCAGUGCGCUCCCAUGCCCCACCGCACGCCCCUGCUCCCCUCGCCCGGCCUCAGUCGCCGCUGCCGGCCCGGCGCCCCACUCGCUGUUGCGCUUGCCGCAGCUGCCGGCAUCCCGGCGCCAUUCACUGGCGUAGGUGGGCGCCCAAACGGGCGGAUGCCCGCAGCGCCCGACCCGCUCGGGCUGUGCCCCCCAACCGGCGCUCGUUAA